CUUCUUCUUUUCCUCAAAUUUUAAUGAGCUUUGGACUAGAGAUGAAAGAAAGUAUCAUUGAGCACUGGAAAUCAGAGUACGUUACUUUCAAUGAUAUCAAGCAACGAAUUCAAGAGAAGAAAGCAUGGAACAAUGUUGAUGAACAACACUUCAAGCACAUCAUUUAUUCAGAAGCAGAUAAAGUUGAAUCUUUCAUCAAUCGAAUGCAGCGGGAAAUUGAAUCUCGAGUAGCUUAUUGCGAAAGAACUUUAUCUCGACAAACAAAAAAUGCAGCUAUUAUUUUGAAAGAUAUACUCAAUGAUAUACAAGACCUUUGUAGCUACACUCGAUAUAAUUUUAUCGCAUUAAAAGCCUUGAUUAAAGAACAUGAUAUGCAUACGCAUUACAAUGCUCAACAAUGGCUAUUGGAUAUCACUCGAUCAAAACAGCUUGACAAACAGCGGUUUGACAUUUUACUUACCAAAGUAUUUACAUUGUAUGACUUUUGUUUGGAAGAAAAGGCAUUGAAUGGACUAAAUCAAAGCAUCUCUGCAAAAUAUUGGGUGCAUUAUGAUAACAUCAAUGAAUUAAAAGCCAUUUUAUUGUUUCAUCUACCCUUACUCGAAUCUACGGAACCUGUCUCGAGUAUCUAUUUAGACAAUAGUGAGUUUGACUUGUAUCAGGCUCGUCUUCAGCGAGAUCCUGAUGCUGAAGCCCUUCGCUUUCGAUGGUACAACGCUAACGAUAUGCUUGUUGAACGAAAAACAACUCAUCAAGACGGCACCUUAACAAAAGACUCUUUUACGAUUGAUAUCCAUCAAAUGGGCGCCUUUGUUACUGGAAAACACAUCACAAAAGAAAAUCUUGCUGUUGCUUCUCGCAUUCAAACAUCUAUUUCUGAAAAUCAAUUGAAGCCAACACUACGUAUGAGUCAUCAUCGCAGCGUAUUCCAGUCUCCAGGAAACCAGUACUUUCAAAUGAUACUUGAUACGGACUUGUGUUAUACGCAGGAAGAUUCAAAAUCCAAUACUUGGUGUAAGCCCCUGAUCAAACCAAAGGAUGCCGAGGUUUACAAGUUUCCCUAUGCCAUUCUCGAAAUUAAAUUUUAUGGACAAGAUCCUCCUCACUGGCUAACUAGCCUGCUAGAAUCUCAAUUGGUACAUGAGGUGCCUUGCUUUUCCAAGUACUUGCAAGGAAUCGCUAGCCUCUGGAACACACAACUUCCUCUGCUGCCAUGGUGGACUAGCCAGCUGAAGCUUGAUAUACGUAACACCAAAAAACCUACAGGCGACUUUACAGCCUUAUCUCAAUCUAAACAUAUGAAGCCCUGGAUAGAUGGCAAAUGUCGUGUUGGAUACUUGGAGUCAAAACUUAAAGAGCUAUCUCUUUUGAAGAAAAGCAACCAAAAGAAAUCAAGUCUUACUCUAAGAUUAUCAGUCAAUAAUCCUUUUGAUGACCCUAUUUGGUCUAAUGCAUCUCCGAUCAUCAGUCGCCACACAACAGAUCAUAUUGAAACGGGUUCUACUGAACACUUGAUGGGAGAUAAACUUGUCUCCUCCUUACAACAUCCAUCCAAUGAAAAACCAGGGCAAGCUCAUGUUGACAAUGCUCAUUCUAACAAAGAUUUAGAAGAAGGAAUCAAAAAGAAAAAGAACAAAGAAAAAAGUGAGGCAACUACAGAGCCUAAGCUAUUUUUCGCCAAUGAGCGUACGUUUAUUCAAUGGCUCAAUUUUGCUGCUAUUCUCCUGACUGCAGCUCUGACGUUAAUGAACUUUGGUGAUACUAUCAACAAGAUCAUAGGUGGUGUGUUUUUCGGUAUUGCUUUUCUGUUUGCUUUUUAUUCUUUUGGUUUCUCUAGAUGGCGUGCAUAUCGUAUCAUUCAUAAACCGCAUUUGCGCUAUGAUGAUAUUUUUGGCCCAGUCUUUUUGUGUAUCCUUUUAGUAGGUGCUCUCAUACUCAAUUUUGCUUUGAGAUACAAUACUCCAAUUACAAACACUGGUUACCUUGGGACAAACAUUACAGCAACUGAUGCAAUGUAAACUUCUCCCCCUAUUUUUUUCUUCAUUGUUGUCUAUAUGAUUUUCUUCGUACAAUAAAAUUAUUUAAGCUCCUGAAGAUGAUUUACCGAAAAGCGAACCAUGGUUAAGCAAGAGAAAAUCAUGAUGAUGUGAGACGUGAAACCUUGCGGUGCUCAUUUUUCUUGUAUUACUUUUCUAGCGGCUGAGCAGAGAGAGAGAGAGAGAGAGAAAGCUUGGCCUGUCUAAGAAUAUUUUGGUUAUUUUUAACAUCAUUGGUAAAAUAGA